AUGAAAACAUCAAAAAAUAAUAUUAGUAAUAAUUCAUCAUCUAAAAAAAGAAAAGAAAUCACCGAACAACAAAAUAACGAAAAUAAAAAAGUAAAAAUAAUAAAUAAUGAGCCAGUAACCAGUAAACAAAACACAGAAUUUACAAUCAAUAAUAAAGAUAUUAAUGACCUUUUAAGUGUUUUAAAUACUUCAUCAAAUAAUAUCAAUGGCAAUAGUAGUAAUACUUCAGUUAAUGUAUCAACAUGGGAUGGUGUAUCUCCAAUUGAAAAUUUAACAGUCGGGGAAUUAAUUUCAUCACUCAAUGGUAGACAACAUCAACUUAGAAUCAUUGUUGCAGAGUAUAUGAAUUCUUUGAACAGAUUAAUAGGGUUUACAGAAAAAACACCAUAUCUUUUAAACUGGGUAUUGGAUAAUUUAUCAAAAUCAUUUAUUAAUUGGAAACAACCAGAAAAAGCCGAUCAGCUUGUUCAAAAAGGUUUAGAGCCAUUAUGUUUUGAAGAAAGAUAUUGGGAGCUUUUAAAAACUUUAGUUAAUAAACAAAUUAUCUUACAAGAACAAAAAAAAGAUCAACAAGAACACGAAAAGAAACAAGACGAACAAAAUAAUACUGAGGUAUCAAAUUCCUCAACCUCAACUGCAGCCUCAUCAGUUAAAUUAUCAAACGACUACUUGCAAUUUAUUUUUGAAAUUAUUUUAAAUAGUAUUAGAAAUAUUGACCCAAAAUUAAAUAGUUGCAUCAAUGAUGGCACUGAGUUAGCUACUACUUCCGCCACAUCAAAGAAAAAGAAAAAUAUUAAUAUUGCCUAUCAAGUUACAACAUCACCACCACCACCAAUUAAAUUAUUAGAAUCUUCAAAAACUAUAAUUAAACAGUUUAUUAAAAUCUAUUCUAGUGACGAGUUAAUGAAAGAGAUACCAGUUUUUUUAGAGAACUCAAUACCGUUAUUUAUAAAAUAUAUUAGAGGUUUAGAAAUGAAAGAUAAACAAGAACAAAAUCAAACUAUAGAGUCAAUUUUAGAUUUAUUCAACACAUUAUUCCAAUACCUUUUAGUUCAAAUUAAAUUGGGUAUUCAUUACAAGUUAAUUUUUUCCACAGUCUUAUCAUCACUAUUACCACACAUUCUCACUUUAGAAAAUACUUUAUUUAAUAUUCAGUCAUUAUUCCCAUUCAAAACAGUUAUUAGGGAGCUUAGCGAAGCCAUAUUAGAGUUUAUUAAAUGGAGUCUUUAUCAUCCAGAAUCACAUUGGGAUUCAUACCCAUACUUUUUAUUUUCCGACUGGUUAAAGAAAAUUAAUAAAGAGGAUAAAAAGGAUACUGUAUCAAAAGAUUCAAAAAGUAAAACAAAAUCAAAAGAAGAAAAGCAACCAUCAAAAAAAGAAGAAAAAGAAAAAGAAAAAGAAUCUGAUACUAUGUUCCAACCACAAUUAAUUUUAGAACGUUUAUCACAAUUAAUUAAUAACGAAGUAUCUGGUAAUAAUAGUAAAAUAAUUUGUUAUAAAUCAAAUGAAAAUAUUAGUUUAAUAGUUUUAAAUUCAUUAGAUAAAUUUUUAAAUUCAUUUAUUGAAUCAUAUAAUUCAUAUGGAUACAGACAUUUCAAAGAUAUAAAUCAAUGGUACGAAGGAAACCAUAAGGAUGAAAAAUUUAUUGAAUUUGCUUAUUUCAGAAGGUUAUUUAAUCUUUUUACACCAAAUUUAUUAUCAAAUAAUCCAGUAUACUAUGAAUCAGCUUCAAAACUUUUAGAUCAAAUUUCAAUUCUUAAUAUUUUCCAUAUUAGCAAUCGUUACCAAGUCGACUAUCUUUCAAAUUCGAUUGCAAAACCAUAUUAUUCAUUUUUAUCAAAUAAAUCAACUUUAAGUAAAGGUAAAAAACAACCAGAAGAACAACCAAACGAAGUUUUAAUAGGUGGUGUUUAUAAAUGCUUGACCUCUUUAGUCAAAGUUAGCAAUACUAUAAUAUCAUCAAAAUUAAAGGAUGUAAUUUUACCCAAUAUAUGGUCAUCACCGGAAACUGCCAAGGAGGAACCAAGAUCAGAGUUAUUAAUUUCAAUUUUCGAUAGUUAUUUUGAAAUUCGUCAAAUUGAUACCCUUUUAACUUUAUUAUUCCAAUCUUUAAUCAACUCACAAAUUCGUACAUUCAAUAAGAAAUCACUUUCAAAUAAAUUUAUUGCACAUUUAAAGAAGUUGUUUGCAAAUCUCCCAUUUGGUCAAGUACCUAUCAUCUGGAAUUUGUUUUUAGAGGAAUGGAAGUCAUAUUAUGUUACACAACUUAACGAGUUUGAUCCAGAGUUUGCUGACCCAACUUUUUCAAAUCGUCUUGAGAAUUUUAUUAAACUAUGGUCAACCUUUUUAGAUAGUAUUUCAAUUUCAUCUUUUGUUUACAAAAUGAUUUUGCAGUUAUUACCAAAUACUUAUCAGUCAAUCGUUGACCCAAUUUUAAAUGAAAUUAGUAAAAAGAAUAACCCUGAUGGAGUUAAAGGUGAGAAUUUAUUAUUAUUAUUAAACCUCUACUCUAGUUUCCUUCAAGUCCAUUCAUUCAUUCAUCGUCAAACUAUUGUAGAUAAAUCAAGUAAAUUAAAUGGUGAAAAUGAUUAUGGAUAUCAUCCACAGCAAUUUUACUAUUAUAAACUAUGCGAAGAAGAAUUGGAGUUUAGCAAAGUAAUAGAGUUUAUUUCAAAUCAGUAUCUUGGUUCAGAAGAUUUUACAACUAGAGCAAUUGUAUCAAAAAUUUUAAUACAAAGAGUUCAACAAUUACAUUCAAUUCUCUCAUCAGUUUCUAUUACUCAUUAUAAAAGAAAGUCAUCAUUAUCACAAAGUAGUCCAAAUUCAAUGUUCCAAUCAUCAGAUGGCAAAAUUAAAUCAAUUUCCUCUUUAGAUAGCGACCAAUUCACUCCAAAAGAUAUCGAAAGUGAAUUAUUCGAAAUCAUCUAUUAUUUAUUAAAUUCUUUUAUUAAAUUGGUUUCAAAUAAUGAUUUAUUAUUUACCACCUACAAUCAAGAAGGCGAAAGUAACACCAACUUAUCUUUAGCAAUCAUUCAAAGUAAAUUAUUAAUCAAUAAUAUUAGUACUUGGUGCGAAUAUUCAACAGUCGAAAAUAUUCAAAAUAUUCUUAAGUUUAUUAUUUCACCACCCCAAGUUAUAAAAACUAUAGAUACACCACAAUCAUCAACAAAUAAUAAUAUUUCAGUUUAUAGCCUAUUCCAAAAUCUAUUAUCAAAUCCAUUGUUUUUCGAAUUAAAAAUUUUCCAACAUAAUUUCCCAAUUGUUUUAUGUCAAAUGGAACGUGAUAUAAUUACUAAAGAGUUAAUAAAAUCAAAUAAAUUGUUUGAAAAAGUAACAGAGAUUUUUAAUGAUGUUCAAGAUAGAUUAGUCAACUCAACCCUGUUAACUCCAAGUAACACAUCUUAUGCAGAAAUAAUUACAGAAAUUCAAGAUUGCUUUUCAAAGAAAAUUAGUGUUAAAGAUUUCAAUAUAUCAGACCCAAAUAAAUGGGAAAGGUUAACAUGGUUAGUUUCUAUGGCACCUAGUUUCCAUCCACUUUAUAUUCCAAUCGAAUUAAUCGGUCCAUUAGUCCUCUCAUCAAUUGCAAUUAAUCAUAUUAGUGUAAUUUUAUUAAAACAACCAGAUGGAACUAUUAGUAAUAAUAACAAUAGUUUGGAUUAUAUUUAUAGAUUAAUUUUAUCAUCAAGAAGGUUUAUUAAAUUUUGUUUUGAAAAAGAUCAAUCAAGAUUAGUACAAAUUAUUCCAAUGAAUAUUUGGAUCGAUUUAAUUUUUAGCUCUAGAAUGUUUGAACCAGUCGAUAUUAAAUAUCCAAUCCUUUUCACAAGUUUAGAAAUUCAAAACCAUUAUGACAAUGAACUAUGGAAGCAUUCACCAAUGGAGCUCAUUAAAUUAACAGAUAAGAUUAUGAAUAGAAAGACCCCAAUAAUGGAAUCACCAACACAAAACAGCAACAAAAAUAUCACAAACUCUGAUAUUUCAACAAUAAAACCAUACUUAAUUGCAGGAAUUCUUAAAUCAAUUUCCCAGUCUACUGCAAAUAGUGGUGUUUCAUCCAAACAAUCUGCUGACUUUUUACCACCAGACCUCCAAUCAAUUAUUAAAAACGUAGAGCCAGAUAUCAACUCCUUCUUUGAAAAAAUGUUCAAAAGUUGUGUGGAUAAUCCAACACCACAAGUUAUUGUACCAUUUUUAACCCAAUACCAAGCUGAAUUCUCAUUGUUGGUAUAUCACCUUUGGUACCAAUUACAGUUUAAUCAAACCGAUAGUGAAUCACUUUCAAAACUUUUAAUUACAGUUUCAUUAGCUGGCGUUUUCAUUAGUAGCCUUGAUCAAGAGACAAUACAUCAACACUCUUUAAUCAUUCAAAAUGCAAUCAUUUCAUUAUUAGACCUCUUUUCUAGAUGGCAUAGUAAAUUAUUAUCAACUGGUUCAAGGGAUAAACAAUUAGUCAUUUCAGCAGAAUCACUAGUAAUGGACUCUAUUCAUGUUCUUUCGUUAUUAAUUAAAAUGCUUUCAUUCUAUCCAGAGGAUUCAAAGCUUCAUAAAUCAAUCGCAACAGUUAUAAUUCAAUUCUUCCAAUUAGAUAAUCAUCUUGGUAAUCUCUUAAACUCGAUUAUAAUCUUGAUGAAAUCUGAUAUUGAAAAAAUUCAAUACCAUUCCUUUAAUCUUUUAAAUUAUUUCAUCGUUUCAAUUAUCGGUACCAAACGUAUAAACUUAUUAAAGAAUCCAAUUAAAGUAAUAACACCAAUUGUAAACAUUAUAAAUCAAGCCAAUUCAGAACCAUUAAUAGUAUUGGGUUUAAAUCUAUUAUCAAAGAUCAUGUCAAUUAAUACCAUCGAUUUAAAUGGUGAUAGUAUUCCAUUAAUUUUAAGUUCAAUGAGUAAUUUCUCAAGUCCAUUUAUUUAUUCAAUUCCAACUAAACCAAUCCAUAGCUUCCAUACCGAACCAAUUUCCAAUUAUCCAAUGACAUUAUUUGUUAAAGAAGAUGGAGCCAAUAAUUUUAACAAAGGUUUAAAGCCAAAUAUUAUUACAGUUUCAAUUUUAAAUUCCGUUUAUAGAUUACUUUAUAUUAUAUUAAAAUACAGAAACAAUGAACUAUCUAAAUAUAUUUCCUCUUUUGUUUCAUGUUUAAGAUUUUUAUUAUAUUCAAUUUCUAAUGAAUCAAAUAAAUCAUUAAUAAACAAUGAUAAAUCAGUUAAAAAAGUUGGAAGAUUAUUAGAGGUAUUUAGCGCAAAUAAAAAUCAUGAAUUAUAUUUCCAAUACUUGGUUAUAGAUUAUAUCCAAUUAGUUAGAUAUUCAACCACUGCAAUUAAUACAACUACCGCUACAACCUCAAGCAAUUUAGGCAACUCCAUUAUUAAUAGUCUCAGUAAUAAGAAGCAGUUUGUUGGUCCAAAUUAUCACUUGUCUGUCGAAAUGAGAAAUUUAUUAUUACCAGGUAUUUUCUCUUUAAUCGAAAAAUCAGAUUCAAAUUCAAAGAACGAGCUAUUCCAAUCAUUAGAGGAUACCGGCAGAGGAAUUUUCCAAAAUAUUAUUUCACAAUAUCAAUCAUAUAAGUAUACUGGUAAAUAA